AUGAUGGGAAAACAGCUUCUCGGCAAGUGAUGCUAGUUCAGUCUGUGUAUGGCCAUUACCGGAGCUGCCACGUCCUGAGAAGAGCACACGAGGAUCAAUUGUUUUUUAAGUGUACUUUGAGCAGCAGCUUAACCGAGGAUUUAAAAGUGCAAUCAUGAAGGAAUCAGAAGUUCAAAAUUUUUAUAAGAAUAAGAAUGUGUUCAUUACUGGUGGAACCGGUUUCCUGGGAAUUGCUAUUGUGGAAAAAAUUCUACGGUCAUGCCCUGAGGUUGGUGGAAUCUACUUGUUGAUGAGACCCAAGAAGGGAAAGCAAAUUGAAGAACGCCUGAAAGAGCUUACCGACAAUGCCGUUUUUGAAACGCUACUUCAACAAUCGUCACCUGAUAUAUUCCGUAAGUUGCACGCUAUCGCCGGAGACGUCGGAGAGGAAAACCUGGGUAUAUCUCCAGAAAACCGUGCCUUUUUGGCUCAGACGAUCGAUGUGGUGAUCCAUUCUGCAGCUACCUUGGAUUUCCAAGCUACGCUGAGGCCCACGGUACAGAUUAAUCUGCUAGGAACGCGAAGGGUAAUGCAACUGUGCCGUGAAAUGCAACAUUUGAAGUGUAUGGUGCAUGUGUCUAGCGCUUAUGUUAACUCGUACCUCAAGGAAGCGGAUGAAAAACUGUAUCCUGUUCAUGAAGAUGCCGAGAAAAUAAUCGACUUGGUGAACUCGUUGAAAGACGAUGCCCUGGAACAAUUGACUGACAAAUUGUUGAAGGAUCAUCCCAACACGUACACGUUCACGAAACAUUUAGCGGAGCAUGAAGUUAACAAAUGUGCUGCCAUUUUUCCAUGUGGUAUUGUUCGGCCCAGUAUGAUUACUGGAGCAUGGAAAGAACCCGUACCCGGGUGGACAAUCUCGAAGAACGGCCCUCAAGGAUUUCUGAUGGGAGCAUCCAAGGGAGUGAUUCGUCGUUUACCCGUGGGGACUGAACUCAUAUAUGAUUACAUCCCAGUCGACACAGUUGUCAAUCAAAUACUCGUCACAGCAUUCCACAUCCAUCGAAACAGUUUCAAAGAGCUGUCAAUCUUCCACUGUACUUCAAGCACGUGUAAUCCCUUCCGAUGGGAUAGUGUGAAGGACCAGGUGAAUGAUUACUUACAUAAAUAUCCGCUAAAGUCAGCCGUUUGGUACCCGCACCUCAAAUUCCUUCCUAGUUUGUGGUUGUACAAACUGUCUGCAAUUAUCGUCCAUUUUAUGCCUGCCUAUUGUCUCGAUUUCAUUACAAGAAUCUUCGGUGGACGUCCGAUAUUGGUGCGGUUACACACAAAUGUUUGGGAAUCCUUGAACAGACUGGAAAAGUUCAUAUUCAGUGAAUGGAGAUUCAACAAUUCCCGGACGCUCGAUGUCAGCCGGCAACUGAACCCGGUGGACCGAGAAAUGUUUAAAAUCGACAUUUCCGACUUGAAAUGGCCGGAAUACUUUGUUUGGUUGGCACAAGGAGUCAGGCGCUAUCUGAACAACGAGCAUCCAAAAACUUUGGAAGCAGCUCGCAAGAAGGACAAAGUGUUGUUCUUUGUUCACAUUGUAUUUCAAGUACUGUUUCUCGCAUUGUUCUGGGUGUUGACAGCUAAGCUCACGGGCAUGUCGCUCAUUGGCUGCAUAUUUGUGGUACCAGUUGUGUAUUUCCUGCUCAGUCUUCUGUAAAGACACGUUGUUUUAAGGAAUGAACAUGUGUUUAAGAGGUUAAGGUUGUUUGUUGGUUACUAACCGGAAAGCAUUUUGGUAAAUCAAACUAUUGUGUGGUAAACGGAAAAAA